AUGGAAGACAACGCGGAGCUUGAGUCUUUCCGACGCCAGUGGCGAGAGGAAGUUUUGCGGCGAGGAAACCUCAAUGCAGCCGAACCAUCGCAGCCGACACCUACAAGACCUGUCAUUCCUCAACACCGACAAUUUCCCCCCACCCGGCAUGAAGCGUCUGCGCGCAAAGAAGAUGAAGAGGAAGGGCCGGUGCCAUACGAUCGGAACGAGAUAGUACAAGGGGUUGACCGUCUGUCUUUAAAUAAACAUAGCGACGAAGAUGCCUUUCAUUCACGAGAGUCCCGAGCCGAACCUACAUCGGCUCUGGAACAUUUUGAAAGAGCGGUCGAGAGGGAAGCGGAAGGAAAUCUAGGAGAUAGUCUCCAGCUCUACCGCAAAGCAUACCGAUUGGAUGCCGCUGUCGACAAGGAGUACAGGAAUAAGCAUUUUGCUGGCGCGUGGAAGAAAGCGCCACAACCAAGUACACACAGCGAGCCUACCAAAGCGGCGCCAGUUGAACAGCCGACAAUCGUCCCAACACCGGAACUUAUCAGCUUAUUUGCGAGUGCGCCGAUUCCCCCGGCGGACCCCAUAUUCGAAGGCGAUCCCCGUCCCCCAUGCCCCAUUGCGCAUGUUCCAUCUGAGGUCAUAGUCGAGAUUCUGAGUCAUGUCGCUCUGGCCGACCCAGCAGCGUUCUGCCGAAUGGCACUGGUGUGCAAAAGGUUUGCGUAUCAUUUCGCACGUGAACAACAUAUCUGGAAACGACUGUGUCAAGGUGCUGGAUUCGGUUUCAAGUCAAUGCAUUACUCGUUUGCGUGCGAUAUCCACGGCAACCCUGAACAUACUUUGAUGCCUCAAGCUCGGUAUACACCGUUCCCCAGCGAUAUUCCAGUUCAACUCCCGAGCCCACUGUCUUCGUGGAGUGAGGUUUUCCAUUCUUUCCCCCGCAUCCGCUUCACUGGAGUAUACAUCAGCACGGUAAACUACACUCGCGCCGGUGCAGCGUCCGCAUAUUCGAAUAUCUCAUGGAACAGUCCGAUUCAUAUUGUGACGUAUUACCGUUAUCUCCGCUUCUACUCUGACGGGACCGUCAUCUAUAUCCUUUCAACAGUGGAACCGGUCGACGUCGUUCCGCAUAUCAACAAAGUAAACGUGACGGCAGCACGGGCAACAUCCCGUAAGCAGAAUCCACGGACUGCCCCUGACGUGGCAGCCUCAGCCCAUGAACCGGUACCUGCUGUUGCUAUGGAUGCGUUGAAGCGCGCUCAAUGGGGCCGAUGGCGUCUUUCGAAACCAACGUCACCAACGGAUCCGCCUGAAGAAGCCGAAUAUUCUUUCCCGAAUAAGGACAAAUCAGCCACUACCCCUGACCCCAGGGACUUGGUGAUCGAAACUGAAGGAGUGGGGGCGUCCAAGUAUGUUUAUGUUCUUCAUCUAGCCCUUCGCUCGUCGACCGCUCGCCCCGUCAACAACAAUCCGGCGCUCCCCAACCCGUCGAAAAAUACCAAGUUAGUCUGGAAGGGGUACUGGAGCUACGACAAACUCACGGAUGACUGGGCGGAGUUCGGGCUGAAGAACGACCGCGCGUUCGUCUUCCGACGCGUUAGAGGUUGGGGUAUGGAUUAA